AUGGGAUUCUUAGGAUUAUCAACAGUAAAAGCAGUUCAAUCUAGUCUUAAACAAUCUAAACCAGUUGCUCUCAGAGCUAUGGGGUCCGUCAGACACUAUUCUGACUUGCCUCUUCUGAUUCCAGUAACUUUCCCAAAUGGAGAAAGUUACCAACAGCCAACAGGACUCUUUAUAAACAAUGAGUUUGUGGCUUCACGUGAAAGGAAAACUUUUGAAGUAUUCAGCCCUUCCACUGAAGAUGUCAUUGCUGAGGUUUACGAAUCACGUGAACAAGACGUCAAUUUAGCCGUUGAAGCUGCCGAGAAGGCGUUUGAAGAGUCAGGCUGGUCGACAGAUGAUCCAGCUCGUAGAGGAGCAGCUCUUUACAAACUUGCUGAGGCAAUGGAAGAACAUGCUGACACUAUUGCUGCAAUUGAAACCUUGGACAAUGGUAAAUCUAUUUCGAAUUCUAAAGGUGAUGUUGCUCUUUCAAUCGGAGUCUUACGUUCCACUGCCGGCUUUGCUGACAAACUCACCGGUCAAGUAAUUGAGACAGGAGAAGACCAUUUCACCUUCACUAGAAAAGAACCUUUAGGGGUUUGUGGUCAAAUUAUUCCUUGGAACUUUCCACUUUUGAUGUUUACUUGGAAGAUUGCCCCAGCUUUGGUGACAGGAAACACUGUAGUUAUGAAAACUUCAGAAACAACUCCUUUAUCUGCGCUUUAUGUUUGUAACCUUAUUCGUGAAAGAAAUAUCUUCCCACCAGGAGUCUUAAAUGUACUUAGUGGAUUCGGAAAGAUUACCGGGAAUGCUCUUACAGAACAUCCAACGAUUAAAAAGAUUGCAUUUACUGGAUCUACAGCCACUGGUAAAGCUAUCAUGAAAAGAUGUGCUGAGUCAAACUUGAAGAAGGUUACUCUCGAACUUGGAGGAAAAUCUCCACAUAUUGUUUUUGAUGAUGCAAAUGUCGAAGUUGCCUUAAAGGCAAUUGUAAGUGGAAUUUAUUACAAUUCAGGAGAAGUUUGCUGUGCUGGAUCUCGUUUAUAUGUUCAAGAAGGUAUCUAUGAUGAGUUUGUUGCGAAAUUUGUUGAGUAUUCAGAGAAACAUGUUAAAGUUGGAGAUCCUUUUGACCCCGAGACAGUUCAAGGUGCCCAAAACUCUAUUAACCAAUUAGAUAAGAUUUUGAAGUACAUCAAAAUCGGAGAAGAUGAAGGUGCAUCACUUCUUUGCGGAGGUGAAAGGUUACCCGAGAAAGGAUACUUCAUCAAACCAACAAUCUUUGGAGAAGUAAAGGAAAACAUGCGUAUCGUUCGGGAAGAAAUAUUUGGGCCAGUAAUUACAGUUUCCAAAUUUAGCACCGUGGAUGAGGUUGUCAAAAUGGCAAAUAAUUCCGAUUAUGGUCUUGCAGCUGGUAUUCAAUCAACUGACGUGAACAAAAUUAUUAAUGUUUCGCGUCGUUUACGGGCUGGAACUGUCUGGGUAAACACUUACAACGAUUUCCAUCCUAUGGUUCCAUUCGGCGGAUACAAUCAAUCUGGUAUGGGAAGGGAAAUGGGUGAAGAAGUUUUACACAACUACACACAAGUCAAAUCAGUUAGAAUGGGAAUUUUACCAACAGCUUAA